CAUAGGAUUCAACACAAGUUAAUUGCUACAUUCAGAACAACUCAAUUACUGGACUGAAAAUGAUUAAGAAUACCAAAAUGAAACACUGAUAAGAUGAAGAUUAUAAAUGAAAAUGAUUGAAACAAACAACUCAAAACUAGGGAUAACAAAGAUGGGGAAAAAAACUACAUCACAGAAAUGAAACAUUUAUAAGAGAGAAAAUUAGAGAUGGAAAUGAACAAAACAGAGAAGAUACACACACACAAAUUAUUAACAAAACCAAAUUGAAAAGAAGAUGAAGAACAUUAAAGGAAAGAAAAAGAUUUUAAAUGAAGAGGAGAACUUGAAAGAAGAUUCAUCAGGUUCUUCUUCAGUUAGAUUAAGAGGUCAACCAAUUUCAUUACCACUUACUAAUCCAAAUCAAGCAUCUCACUCUAAUCCUUCGAAGACACCAAGAAUCUCAUCAAGUUCAAAAAGAGCAGAAGAACUAAGAGAAGAAGAAGAACUAAGAAAGAGAUCGAUGAGCAGUGAAUCAAGUCACUCAUCGACUUAUUCAAAUCAUGAAAAUAUAAAUGAAUAAUUCAUAACCCCCAAGAUUGUUACUGAUGCGAAAGUGGGAGGGAGAGUAUGUUCAAUUUCAUGAUCUGAACCUGAAUCAAAUGGUAAGAUAUCAAGAGGUUUGGACGAG